AUGACUUCAAAGCGAACACUCGACACUUCACGAACAGUUCUGGUUGCUCCUCGAGCUUUUUGCUCUUGUUUCACACACUGCACCGGAUACAGUUGCCGUGAAGUUAUUUCUGUUUCCCGGUUUAAUGUGAGUAUGAAAAGGGAAGAUUUUUUUAGAAUGUGCAUUUUCCAAUCACUGUGAUUCUUGAAGACUAAAAGUUUUAUUUUUGAAGCCAUGUUCUAUAUUAGAAAUUUUAGAAACUGUUUAAGAAAUUCUAAAGUGACGUGAUAAUGUUCUCCUCAAGCAGCGCAACGGUGUGUUGCACUAUCUUAACUGCAUUAUGCCUAACUUUUGUUCAUUCACAUGCUUUACCCAACCUCCGAGUUCGAAGACUAGAAGAAGGUUACAACAACGAAGGUGACUUAAGACUGGAACCUACUGAAACUAUCGUCUAUCCGGGCAGCAAUGUCACCUUCACCUGUUCUCAUCCCUCUAACGUGACAUUCAGAUGGACAUUAAACUCGGACAUCAAGCUCUACGAUGUCCAACUCGGAAUCUCCGUGACCGAGGAGUCCGGGAAGGUCGCCUUCUACAGUCGACUUACUAUCCCUCUAGUGACUCGCCGAAUGUCUGGAGAAGUGAUAUGCACCACAGAUGACGAUCUCUACGGUGUGCGUGGUUUUCUCAUCGUUAAUGCAGGGGUGAGAAAUGGCGGAGCUUGCCGAGCGACCAGUGACUGCAUGACGGACAAAGCCGUUUGCAUAGACGGCUUCUGUGAAUGCCCCCGAAAUUAUGUCCGGUUAACAGUCAAAGACAGAAGUUUUGAUGCCUGCAGGGAAAUGAUUUAUUCCCUGUACGACCCCUGUGAGUUCGAUGAACAGUGCACCCACCUAGUGGAUCCUCUGUCCGUGUGCAAAAAAGUAUGCGUCUGCGCACCCUGGGCUAAAGACCGAAGGGGCAGAUGCUUCGCUCUCAGCGAACUCAACUCUAAUAGAAGUCAAGAAAUGUACAGAGUCGGUCUCAUAGCUGUCACAUGUAUCAUCAUCCUCAUUGUUGCAGUAUCAUUAUGGGUGACAUUGAAGAGAUCUUGCCACGAACAGAAUCUCGACGGGCAACGUAGGUCUAUCACACAAAACGAUGUGUCGUCGGGUAAUCGGAUAUCGAUAGAUUUAUCAUCGGACAAGCCUCCGUCAUAUGACGAUGUACUGGUCAACGAAGAUCAAGUAACAUCUCCACCAAAUUUCAAAGAUGCACUCAAAAACUGCAUGUCAGCCAAACGUUUAAUGAGACAAGUUUCGGCCCCAGCAGGACAAUUACUUCCCCAACCUGUAGUAGAAACUCCCAAAGGUGAAAAACCGUUUCAUGAAGCAUGAUUCAAUCCCACCACACGUUUAAAAGACAUUAGUUUACAGGGCUGGACCCAAAAUUUCGAAACGAACAUUCAAGAAUUAUUUAAAAUAACUGUGUAAAGAAUACCUUUUCGGAUAUAAAGGCACUCACAUGUGAUUUGAUCAAUUUUAUUUGAAAUCCCAUUCAGGUGAUACACUUGCAAUGGUUCGCAACUAAGACACUAAUUUUUCAUUUCAUUCCAUUUCAUAUACAUAUCAUGAAUUUUGAAGUCAUUUUCUUUCAAGUAAUUAUUUCAUGUUCAUUUUAUUCAAUGUAUUCAUUCAUAAAUGGAAUAAAGAAACAUAAUUCAAA